AGAAGUGUAAAAAAUGGCGAAGUUUGUGACACCCGUGAUCCAGGACAACCCCUCUGGCUGGGGCCCAUGUGCAGUGCCCGAGCAGUUCAGGGACAUGCCCUACCAGCCCUUCAGUAAAGGAGACCGCCUGGGAAAGGUGGCCGAUUGGACAGGAGCCACGUACCAGGAUAAAAGAUACACAAACAAGUACUCGUCACAGUUUGGUGGUGGAAGUCAAUAUGCAUAUUUCCACGAGGAGGAUGAGACCAGCUUCCAGCUGGUGGAUACAGCACGAACGCAGAAAACGGCGUACCAGAGGAAUCGUAUGCGAUUUGCACAGAGGAACCUUCGGAGAGACAAGGACCGUCGGAACAUGCUGCAGUUCAGCAUGCAGACGCUGCCAAAGAGUGCCAAGCAGAAGGAGAGAGAUCGUUUGCGCCUACAAAAGAAGUUUCAGAAGCAGUUUGGGGUGAGGCAGAAAUGGGACCAAAAAUCACAGCAGAAGCCUCGUGACUCCUCUGUUGAAGUUCGCAGUGACUGGGAGGUGAAAGAAGAGAUGGAUUUCCCUCGGCUGAUGAAGAUGCGCUACCUGGAGGUGUCGGAGCCACAGGACAUAGAGUGCUGUGGAGCCCUAGAAUACUACGACAAAGCCUUCGACCGCAUUACAACCAGGAAUGAGAAGCUACUGAGGAGCAUUAAGCGCAUCUUCCAUACCGUCACUACUACUGAUGACCCAGUUAUCCGAAAGCUGGCAAAGACCCAAGGGAAUGUGUUUGCCACAGAUGCCAUCCUGGCCACACUGAUGAGCUGCACUCGCUCUGUCUAUUCCUGGGACAUCAUUGUCCAGAGAGUUGGAUCCAAGCUUUUCUUUGACAAGAGGGACAAUUCUGAUUUUGACCUCCUGACAGUGAGUGAAACAGCCAAUGAACCUCCACAGGAAGAGGGCAACUCCUUUAAUUCUCCGCGCAACCUUGCCAUGGAAGCUACCUACAUCAACCAUAACUUCUCCCAGCAGUGUCUGAGGAUGGGAAAGGAGAAAUACAAGUUUCCCAACCCAAACCCCUUUGUGGAGGAUGACAUGGAUAAAAACGAAGUAGCUUCUGUUGCAUACAGAUACCGAAGGUGGAAGCUGGGAGAUGAUAUAGAUCUCAUUGUCCGCUGUGAACAUGAUGGUGUGAUGACAGGAGCAAACGGAGAAGUGUCUUUCAUCAACAUCAAAACGCUGAACGAGUGGGAUUCCAGGUAUUGCAACGGCGUAGACUGGCGCCAGAAGCUCGACUCGCAGAGGGGAGCCGUGAUUGCCACAGAGCUGAAAAACAACAGCUACAAAUUAGCCCGCUGGACGUGUUGCGCACUGCUGGCUGGAUCAGAAUAUCUUAAACUCGGGUACGUAUCCCGUUACCACGUGAAGGACUCUGCCCGCCACGUGAUCCUGGGCACGCAGCAGUUCAAGCCAAAUGAGUUUGCCAGCCAGAUCAACCUGAGCAUAGAGAACGCCUGGGGCAUCCUGCGGUGCGUCAUCGACAUCUGCAUGAAGCUGGAUGAGGGGAAGUACCUCAUCCUCAAAGACCCCAACAAGCAGGUGAUCCGGAUCUACAGCUUGCCUGAUGGCACCUUCAGCUCUGAUGAAGAUGAGGAGGAUGAGGAGGAAGAAGAGGAAGAGGAAGGUUCGUAGCAUAGCUUGGUGAUUUAUGCUUUGAAGUGAUCCCCUGGUUUGGAUGAAAAGGGGUGACCUCUGAUAAAGACCAGAUCUAAAGGUGCAGUGAUGUGAGAGGAGCAAGGCUGGAGAAUGGUCCCAAGGAUGGGACUCGGCGGUGGAAAAGGUGUGCGUGAGUGGCACUGGGAAGUACUCAACUGGAAGCAAAAAGAGCUGAGAGUUGGAAAUGCAGGUGGCGUGCCCCUGUGCAGGCACCACGUGAGGACUGAUCCUGGCCUGGGGGGGACGGGGAAGACCCAGGUCCAGAGCACCCCGUGGGGAAGCAGAGCUUGCCAGGGAGCCCUUUGUGCAGCAGCCCCAGGACCUGGGCCAGGGGGGUGUGCCGAUUUCUUUUGGCACUGGGAUUUUUUUUUUUUCACUAGGGUUUUAGAAAUGGGAACCACUUUAAGAGGACACGUUUAAAACGUGCGGUGACCCAGCCCCAUGGGGGUAACUUAGUGAAGGCUUUUUAUAAAGCAAACAUUGAAGCUGAGCAGUAGCUGGCGGGGUCAGUCUGGAACUUUUGGAGGAGCAGUGGUGCCACAGUGACGACUGAUGUCUUGGCUUUGCUGCCUAAAACCAUCUGUGAUCCCCAAAGCGUGCUCUGUCAACAACGGGGAGAACCAUUUGACCCACAACUCUUGCUUCUGUGAUCUGAAAAAUACCUUCCAGCAGGGUUUUUUUCUGUAAACUUAGCGUGGCUCCUCUGUUUCUUACUAUGGAAAUCUUAUGUCCCUGUGUUACUUGCUCAGGAAGGUAAAGUG